GUGCGCGCAAGUGUCACUCUAUCCGAGCGGACAACACAAACUUUAAAGUAGGAAAGGACACUCUGUUGUACGGCCGGGUUCUCUCUCCGGACGUCACUUUUUGGAUUUAAGUCCAUCUGCGCGUCUUUUUGCGCUCCAAAGUUUUGACCCGGACUUCAUCGGUUUUCCCCUUUUGGCUCCAGACGCAUCUGUUACCAUCUGCCACCGGGUGCCUGGAGCUGUCAAAGUCAUGCCGGCCGGGUUUCAGCAGCUCGGAGGGGAGACAGUGACUGGAACCCUUGCUCUUUCUGUCUUCGCUGCCGUUCUGGGAUCUUUGACAUUUGGGUACAACAUCGGAGUCAUCAAUGCACCUCAGAAGAUCAUUGAGGAGGACUACAACGCAACAUGGGUGCACCGGUAUGGAGAACCCAUCCCCACAGGGACCCUCACCUCCCUCUGGUCACUUUCUGUCGCCAUCUUCUCUAUCGGGGGCAUGUUCUCCUCCUUCUGUGUGGGUUUCAUCUCAGAGUGGCUGGGAAGGAGGAAAGCCAUGCUGGCAAACAACUUGUUUGCCUUUGUUGGUGGAAGUCUCAUGGGAAUGUCCAAGCUUUGCCAGUCGUUUGAGAUGAUGAUCCUGGGGCGUUUCAUCAUCGGUGCUUACUGUGGACUCGCCUCUGGCUUGACACCAAUGUAUGUCGGUGAGAUUGCACCUACCAGUCUUCGAGGUGCACUUGGGACCCUGCACCAGCUGGCUAUAGUCACGGGGAUUCUCAUAGCACAGGUCCUGGGUCUGGAGUCGUUGCUUGGCAGUGAGGACUUGUGGCCCGUUCUAUUGGGUUUGACAGUCGUACCGACUGUACUUCAGAUGGGUCUGCUGCCGUUCUGCCCCGAGAGUCCUCGGUUCCUCUACAUCGUCCGAAGCCAAGAGCACCUUGCCAAGAGAGGCUUGAGGCGAUUAACGGGCCGGCAGGAGGUGGGAGACAUGCUGGCGGAGAUGAAGGAGGAGAAGAGGAGGAUGGACAUGGAGAGGAAGGUUUCCAUCCCUGAGCUCUUCCGCUCCACUCUUUACCGCCAGCCCAUCAUCAUCUCCAUCCUUCUGCAGCUCUCCCAGCAGCUCUCCGGAGUCAACGCAAUUUUCUACUACUCCACCAGUAUCUUCAUGAAGGCGGGAGUCCAGAGUCCGGUCUAUGCCACUAUAGGAGCAGGAGCAGUAAACUGUGCCUUCACUGUGGUGUCGCUUUUCCUCGUGGAGAGGAUGGGCCGGCGCACCCUUCACAUGCUGGGACUGGGAGGAAUGUGUGUUUGUGCCGUCAUUAUGACUAUAGCACUAGCUUUGCUAGACAGCGUUCCUUGGAUGAGCUACAUCAGCAUGCUGGCCAUCUUUGGCUUUGUGGCCUUCUUCGAGGUGGGCCCAGGCCCCAUCCCUUGGUUCUUUGUAGCUGAGCUGUUUUCUCAAGGUCCGAGGCCGGCUGCCAUGGCUGUGGCAGGCUGUUCCAACUGGACCGCCAACUUCAUCAUUGGCAUGGGCUUUCAAUAUGUGGCAGAUCUUUGUGGGCCAUAUGUCUUCCUGAUUUUCGCAGUCCUCCUUCUCUUCUUCCUCAUCUUCACCUUCCUCCGGGUGCCGGAGACCCGGGGAAAGACCUUUGACCAGAUUGCAGCCAGCUUUAAUCAGCGCUCAGCAGGAGGGAUGAUGGAUCUUGACAUGGACUUGGACUUGGAGAAGCCCAGCACGGAGCUUGACUACUUGGGGGAGGAUGGCAUCAACUGAAGUGCCAAAUGAAAACUGAACUGAAAGCAAGCUGAGAUGAACUUUGUACUCUAAACUGUGUUUCUGACGUAUUCUGAGAUCUGUCCCUGUAUUCUUGUAGAUUGUGGUGCCAAAGCAGUGUUAGGGAGUGUGUGACCGUUUGGAUGUUUUAGGAAUUGUCCUUGGCUGGUACCACAACAGUUUAUUAUUAGUGGUUUUAAAUUUAGCCUCAACAGCUGUACACCGGUGGGUGAGAGAAGGACUGCAAUGUCUGAUUAAAAACUGUCCAGACUGCUGCGGCAUCGACUAGCGGUGAAAGGAGACUUUAUUCCAUGGUGAUUUUACUCAGCUGUAGUAUUCAGACGAAGAUGGAGAAACUUUGGAUUUCCAGCACUUUAUGAACAAGACAAACAACAACGAUUACUGAGUUUGGGGGCACAGACACUGAAGGAAGUCUGUUUUCACAUAAGAUGGGAACAUUCUCAAUGAUAGAUUUAAGAAGCACAUUUCAUAUUUAUCACAAAUCUCUCGAUGCUUGCUGUAAUUAAAAGCCUAGUAACUGAAGGAAUGAACUUAGAUGUUUAUCUAAGAUUAUCUUUUGUAGGGAAAUGAUGGAGUUGAUGUUUUGGUUAAACCUUGCAUUAUCUCGUGCUAUUUUGCAAAAUCUUCCAAAACCUCCCAGCACUCUUAUGUUGCGACUGACUCAGCUACUACCUUAUAAAAUCUUAGUGCAUUGUUGCCAUUUUUGUAAUUGCCACUGUCAACAGGUAGUGGCAGUCAUCUUGAACCAAUAAGACUCAGAAACUAAUCAGUUGUAGGUGUGCAUGCAAUAAUUGAAGCUGCAAUGGCAAAUUUGGAAAACAAAUUAGCCUAAAGCAUUUUCCAUGCCUCUUAAUGUUUUAACAUAGUAUAGCUAUAAAUAUAUUGUGGAGAUUUAAAAAAAUUAAAAAGGUUAAAGUGACAGUGUGUAUGUUUUCUGGCGAUAGGGGGCUGCAAGCAAGCAGUGUUCUUGUGUUGGAGCAAGACCUUACCAAAGGAUGCCCAUUAGGGUCAAAAAGCUUUGGGGAGUGCAAACUUUAGCAAAAUAACAAGCACAUCAGAUUCCCUUUCAUCACUGGCAACAAGCGAAGAGGUAAAUGUAAAACAUUAAGAAUGACAAAAGUUUUGCAACCAUUUUUUACAAAUCAGUAAAUGCAUUUUGUCCUCACGGCUCCCGUAGCAGGAAACAUGGCAUCCCCCAGAGACUUUGACCCGGUCCCACGUAUUUUAGACCUUAUUUCUAUGGUUAUAUGUUACAACAAAAAUUUAACAACUGGGCAUAAUUUAAUUGAUUUUGAAGGAUAUUUCCAGAAAUUAAUGGUAAAAACUACACAUUGUCUCUUUAACCUGGUUCUCAAGUUUGUCUAAAAACAUCUGCCAAUAACACAUUUUGGACGCAAGACAUCUAUAGGACCAUCUGACUGUCGUUCUCAAACUGCUGCGCUUCCCUGAGUCCUCCAUUCAUUACACUCACGUAUUUAGCAACAUAACACCACUGGUAUGAGAGGUUCUCCGCUCAACAACAGAGGAGAAACAGCCAGCUGCUACCACUUCAACUAUAGGACAAAGUACCAGAGUCCCAAAAAGAAAAACAUCAUCUGAAGUCACAAGACGUGGGACUUUCAAAACAGCGGCUGGUGUUUAGCGCCAUUUUGUUUCCCCCGGCAUGGCAGGCUUUCGGUUCGCCACUGCAAAUGUAUUGGGAAAAAGGGAGAACUUUGUCGUAAAGCUGUUCACAGAAUAUUUUGCCAACAUAAACACACGCAUGAGCAGGCUAAAAACGUCACUGCUUUAUGGCAGCAGGCAAAAGUUUGAAAUAGUUAAAAUCUUAACUGGAAAUGUGCAGGAUCCAGUCAGUGAUUUAGAAAUUUUAACACCAGAUUUUUCUAAAUGCGUAUUGGGUACAGGUUUUAGGUGUGACAGGCUUAAGUUUUUACUCCCACAAAUGGACCAAUAUGUUCCAAACACAAUUUUCAUAUAUUUGAUGCACGUUGUUUAAUCUGGUGUUGGUUGACAUCUUGGUGUAAGGUUCUUAAGUAGCCUAGGCUUUAUUUCUUAACAUCUUCAGCCGACGGACUGCACAUCAAGACUAGAAUUCUCUCAGGAAUCUGAUUAGUCAUCUUAAACUGCGGCGAGAUACGUGUCAUCCGUUUUAGAGACUUGUGUUGAUAGCUUAACCUAUGCUGUGGACAUAUAAGUGCCAUAAAACUAAUUUACUGGUACAUGUGCAUUUUAAACAAGAAUGCAUCAAAGCAAAGUUUUCUAAUAAGACAGCCCUGAGAUUUGCCAACAUGAUUUAUUUGUCAACAUUUGUACAUUGCACAUAAUCCCCUCCAAACAGAAGCGUGAAUACAACUCAAGAAAGUUUUCCAUCAAUCCUUCCCAAGUUGAGGAGAUGAAGAGUAGACUGAUUCAGGUGGCAACCAAACUUAACGGAUUUCCAUUAUGCACCACCAGCUGCUUCAGUUUUCCCCUCGAACCAAAUUUAAAAAAAAGAUUUAUAAAAUAAAAAAAAUAAACACACCAAGAAUGGUUGCUCUACGCUACUUGAUGUACCCCAUAUGGUCAAAAAAAGAAAUUGUUCUUUAGAGGGGUUUUAAUAAUGGGACCAAAAUGCAGAUUGUCCAUUCUUUCCCUUUUUCAAGAUUUCUAAAAACACACCCACCAGUAACCCUUCACGCCACUCUCCCAAACACCACUAGCUGGACAGAACAGGACUAGAAGGGGAAGAUGGGAGGUGGUCGGAGGGGAGACAGCAACAGGAGUGUGCAGGGAGGGGAGAGCAGUGCAUGUGUUUUGAAAGGUUCAGCCCGAUAACAGCAGGACUUACCAGAAAACAAAAAGGCACAGGGAUCGAAAAAGCAAAAAAAAAAAAAAUAAAA